GGAGGAGAUGGGUUACGAGGAUUGCAAAAUUUAGGAAACACGUGUUAUAUGAAUUCAAUUCUGCAAUGUUUAAGUAGCACUGAAGAUCUUGUUAAAUAUUUCAUAAACAUUUAUAAUACAUUUAUAAAUUGCAAAAGUAGAACAAAAGGUUUAGUAGCCAAAGAAUUUAGUAAUGUCAUCAAAAACUUGUGGUCACAAUCUAACAGGAGUUUUCAGUGUCAACAGUUUAAGGAUACAAUUGGAGAGUAUAAAGAUAUGUUUAAACACUACGAUCAACAAGACUCUCAUGAAUUUUUAACUAUUCUCUUGGAUUGGCUUCACGAUGAUUUAAAUCAACCAGAGGACAAUAGAAUUAUUUUAGGUGCUUCAAAAGAAACAGGCGAAGAAGAUUGGGGAAAUUGGACUAAAGCAAACAAUUCUAUUAUUCAACAACUUUUUUAUGGUCAGCAAAAAUCAACAGUAUCUUGUGACACAUGUUUUGAAAAAUCUGUUACUUUUGAACCAUUUUUAAGUCUUAGUCUACCAUUGCCAUCUGAGGGUAACAAAUGUACUCUUUCAGUAAGUUACUUUUGUUUUUUAAAUAUUUUAACCAAGUAUUCAUACAGUAUAGUCAAAAUAUUUAUUGAUUUAUUGGCUUAGUGAAGUUCUUGAAUUUGUCYUCCUAGUUAAUUUCAGUUACUUCAAUUUAAUAAUCUAUCACACUAUUCGAUUAAUUUAUGAAUUUUACUCGGUGAUCGAUUUAUAUACAAGGGCAUGUCAUUUAUACAUGGCAAGUGUACAGGUAGCUGACUCUUUGGAAAUAAAAAAUUUGAGUUCUCUGUUWGUUGCCCAACAAUCAAUGGCUGGUCGCUAACAAGUACUUGAAUUCACUAUAGUUUAUAAAUAAAAAUAAUAAACAUCGUUUAUUGUGUUACAUCAAAGUAAUGCUACUUUGUUUUAAUAAUAUUUAACAAAAUAAAAAUUUACCUUAUUAUUAUUAAUUAAUCAGUAGAAAAGUUUCAUAGAAGGCAAAAAAAACAAUGUCUACCCAUUUAUAAAAUAGAAGAAUAAAUUGGUUUUAUUAUAUUUCGUACAAAUUUAAAUAAAAUACUGUAUAUCUACCUAUAUAUUUGUCAAAAAAAUAUUUUUGCUAUAGUAUUUUAAAAUAGAAUAGUUAUAUGCCAUGCGGUGCCCAGCAUUGUGGGUUCCAGAGUUAAUAUCCAAAUCCAUCAUAAAAAUAAAUAAGAAACUAGAUUAAAUUUGCUUYAUUUUGCAUGGUGUUCAGGGCAAUUAGAAAAUGGGUAGGGCUUAUUGUUGUGCUAUGACUUAUGAGAUUGUGUUCAGUCACCAUUUAUAUUUUAUUAUUAAGAGAAUGUCAACGCAAAGAUUUGUUUUAUAUCUAACUCAACAAAACAGUUAGAAAAAACCACUUUUUUAAAAAAUUUGUGUAAUAUUAAAGUAAAAUACCCAUGGGUAAAGUAUUUUGCAAAAAGUUCAAGCACAUUUGAUGAUACCAAAAUGAAAAAAAAAAUAAUAAUACCAAUUACCAAAUUUUCUAGAGAAUAUUAUUUUUCAAGGUA